AUGAACAACAUAAGCAAGGAGAGGUGGGUAAAGUCUUUUACCACUCUCGAUAUCAGCAUAGACAAACUACCCACAGAACGUGGACUUGGAAUGCUGUGGGAUACUGAGUUUGACAACUUCAGAUUUGAUAUACAAAUAAAGAACAAACCUAGAACCAGGAGAGGAGUGCUUAGUACUCUCAGCAACGUGUAUGACCCUUUUGGAUAUGUAAGCCCAUUCAUUCUUAAGGCUAGAAGACUGUUUCAGCAGCUGUGUCGAUUGAAAACUGGCUGGGACGACUCCUUACCCAAGGACUUGGAGGAACAAUGGGGCCGGUGGAUGAGAGACCUGCCUAUCAUUAAAGAGUUUAGCAUUGCCAGAUGUAUUAUACCUAUAGACAAGUGCGUAAGACUGUUUCAACUGCAUCAUUUCUGUAAUGCCUCGGAAUAUGGUUAUGGAGCAGUUUCAUAUUUGCAUACCAUCUAUGAAGAUCAGACAGCUUCAGUCCAUCUCAUGAUGGCAAAGUCAAGACUUGCACCUUUAAAAGGUUCUACCAUUCCACACCUGGAGUUGGCUGAAGCACGAGAAGCAGUAAGAUUGGACAAGCUUUUGCAAGAAGAGAUGGAGAUGCCAUUGGAAGAAUCUGUGUAUUGGACAGAUAGUACCAUUGUAUUGUGGUACCUGCAGAGCUCAGGAAAAAGGUUCCAAACCUCUGUCUCAAAUAGAGUAGCCAAGAUUUUGGAGCAUACUACGCCGACACAGUGGAGACAUGUACCUACUUCGGAGAACCCUGGAGAUGAUGCCUCUAGAAGAAUGUCAGCCGAAGAACUUGUUAGUGAUGAGCGUCGGUGUAAAGGACCACGAUUCCUAUACAGUGACCGAUCAAGCUGGCCUAGACAACCUUCAUUUAAUUGUACAGAACUAGAAAGGAUGGCUGAAAUGAAGCCACCCCUGUAUAGUGAAUGCCAUGAAUCCUAUCAGAAGGGACCUCUUGUAGCAGAUGAACUGAGAAUUGCUGAAGAAGCCAUAGUCAGACAAUCUCAAAAACAACUUUUUGAUGAAAAAACCCAGCUUAGUAAACUGAAUCCCAAGAAGUCGGCCUCAGGCUUACUGUUGGUUGGAGGAAGGCUGACUAAUUCUAAGCCUGAAGACUGUACCAAACAUCAACUGAUAUUACCGUGUGAGCACCCUGUCUCUAAGCUAAUUAUAGAGAAUAUUCAUCAGAAAACAGGUCAUGCUGGAGUAGAGCGUGUUCUGGCAGACAUCAGGAGGCGCUACUGGAUCCUUAAAGGAAGAAAACUUGUAAAGAUUGUUUACCAGUCCAUCACAUGUAGGAAUCUUAGAGGCAAGACAGAAGUUCAGCAAAUGGCCAGCCUGCCAGAAUCAAGAGUUACACCAUUUGAGCCACCUUUCACUAGAAUAAGGUUGGACUACUUUGGUCCAUUCAUUGUGAAGAGGGCACGCUCUGAAGUGAAGAGAUUUGGUUGUAUCUUUACCUGCCACUCUAUCAGGGCUGUACAUAUUGAAGUGGCAAACAGCCUAGACACAGACAGUUUUAUUAAUGCACUGGAGAGGUUUAUAGCUAGAAGAGGAAAACCAAAGGAAAUUUGGUCUGAUAAUGGUACCAAUUUUGUUGGAGCUCAUCUCGAACUACGUCGAGACAGUGGAACGCCAGAUCCAUGA